AUGUUCGGAGAUGCUCCGAACCAUGCUCCCCAUCCAGCGACGAUCCAAGGCUCUCUCAAUCAUGAUGUCACCUACCAAACACCAGACUUGGAACCAGGAAUUGUAUCAAUACAAUGGGGGCUAGCACAUCAGCACGGUGCGGCAAGACGAGCGCCUAUUCAAAAGAAGCACAUCACAUUUACCAAUGAAGACAAUAUCAGCUGGCUAAAGCGUGAGAUGGGCGAUAUCAAGGAGGGUGUGAAGGAAAUUGCAGAGUAUUUGCGAGGAGAUGUGGAUUACAAGUUGGAAGAGAUUCUUGUGUACAUUCGAGAAUUACCUGCACUCUAG